CAGAUGACAGCUUAAAAUUGUUAUCAGAAGCUAAAGAAUGGUUCAUGGAUGGCAACUUUGUAUUAUCGCCUAUGGAAUUCCAACAACUAUAAUAUGUAAUACGGAUUCAAGACUCAAGUAAAAACAAUAUUUAUUACACCUGUAUUUUGCUUAUUAAAAAGAAAAACCCAGUCUAGUUACGAACAAUUAAUUAAAAUUUUAUUAGAAAAAUGCAAUGAGAGGGAAAUUUAUCUUGAUCCUCUUAUUGUACAUGUGGAUUUUGAAAAGGCUGUGAUUGAAGCAUUAAAAAAUACAAUUGGAAACCAUAUUUGUAUUAAAGGGUGCUUUUAUCACCUUACUCAAAGCACACAUAGAAAAAUACAGAAUCUUGGACUUGAAAAUAUGUAUAGAAAUAAUAAUGAUUUUAGUAUAUUUUGUAGAAAACUCGAUAGUUUAGCAUUUUUACCAGGGUCCUAUUCCACCAACACACUUUGCAACUUUUCACUUUUCACUUUUCACUUUUCAAAAUUUGCAAAGUGCGAAGUCUUUUCAUUCCAAAUAAAACUUAAAUAGACUUUGCAAACGAUGGUAACAUUAUGAAAAUUGUGUUACCACUUUUCAUUUUGUUAUCAUAUUGUUAUCAUAUUGUUAAACAGCUGUUAUUACUUAUCAUUUUUUAUUCGGCUUAAAAGUUAAAACCAAAAACUUAAUUGUUAGUCUGUUGUCUGUGUUUUUAAGUUUCUAAUAUUUAUUACGUUUAAAUUAAUUGAAGUAAGUAUUGUCUGUGAAUAAUAUAUACUUGAUAACAUGAUGAAAAUUAAAACACAAAAUAAACUUAUUCUCUUGAAUGCUAUACGGGAAAGAAAAAGUGUAUUGUUUGGCAAUUUUAAAUCUACAUCAAAUGAUGAAAAGGUGGAAUCUUGGAAAAGUGUCCAUAACAUAGCCCAAUCAUUACAACUUGCAACUUCUGAUCGUUCUUGGCAGUUCACUAGGGACAAGUUGUAUGGACUAUGGAAAUGUCGCACUUUAGAAAAGAGGGAUAAUAAGAAAGGUAAGUUCACUGGCAAGGCGGGAGGAAAAAAAUGCCAGUAUGAUGAUGUUGAUCUAGCCAUACUAGAUAUUUUAGAUGAAGAUUCGGCAAUAGUGCAAGGUUUAGGAUUGCCUGGAUCAUCAACAUUUGCUGAAAAUAAUACUUCUAUUGUUAAAGAUAACAGUCUCUUACUGGACACAAAUAUGAUACCUUCAACUUCUGACUCAACUAUUGAUAAGUCCACCAUUACAACGUCUGAAACUUCCAGCAGUAACCCACUAGACUGUCAAAAAAAUAUGAAAAGGAAAAAAGCGUUAUUGGAUUUUUCGAAUAAAAAAACAAAGGCUGACAAUGAAAAUGACCGAGCUGAACUCAUUAAAAUUGAAAUAUAUAUAAGAAAAUUGCAAGCUUUGAAAUUAGAAAGGGAGUUAGGAUUACAGCCAUCUAUAUUUACUAAAGAUUUAGUUAAAGAAAGUUUGAUUCAAGAGGUUGAAUUGGUAAAUGUGCCUGUUUUAGAUUUAGAUGCUUCAAAUACUUCAAUAGAUCUGUUUGGUGAAUUUUAUUUUAGUGUUUUUGCUUGUGCUUUUAAUAAUGCUUAUGCUGUAUGUGUAUCAUACUAUGGGUGAACUCUGUUGUAUGUCAAGUCAUACUACAGUGUAGGUAUCGCAUUGUGAAUGAUUGCUUGAAGUAGAUAACAGGUGUAAAUGUACGGUUCUUAUAGUUAUAAAAUAAUCUUUUUUUUGAAACAUACUGGGUGGUUGGUAAACUGUUUUGUAUCAAAUUCAAAAUCACUAAUUUGUAUGGAGGGCGAUUUUUUUAUUGUGAACCAGUCAAUAUCUCGGUGGUAAGUAUUUAGAAUUUUAAAAUAAUUUUUUUUUAACUUUCUAGGUUGUAUUGUUUUAUACUGUGAUAAUUUUGACAAUUUUACCAUAUUGGUCAUAAUCGAUAAAAUAUAGAUGAUAAUAAUUAAUAAGUAAUAAGUACAAUAGUUAUACUAAUUAUCUAACAGAUUAAUGAUAAUUAGAUAUAAUCAUAUUUUUAUUUAAUAAAUUAAAUGUGAUUGCAUGUAAAUUUUGGAUAAUUCAUAAAAUAAUUGGUUUGUGUAUAUUUUAGAGCAUUUGUGGGCAGUUUUUUUCUUAUAAAUGCAUGCUUAUAUAACAAUUUAUUGUGGAAAUAAUUUUAAUAAUGAUACUUAGGGUGGUGCUAUAUUUGUUCUGUAAAAAUCUUAAUAUAUCUGAACAUCUCUAGGAAAUGGUCAAAGAUUUUUUUCAAAGUAUGAAUUUCUUCAAUAGAUAUAAUUAAACAAAAAUGUUGUUAAAACUGAAAUUUGUGUAAUAUUAAUAUAACAUUUUUAAAAGUUCAAACAUUGAAAAAGUGCUCUGACGGUUCUCUAUGUUCUUAUUUUUACAGCAUUAAAAUUGGACCUUUGUUUUUAUAUUAUGGAUUGCAUGUAUGUUUUAAUAUAUUUUUAUUAUUUAAAGUACAAAUAUUAGGUACACUUCUGAAAUAAAAAUAUGAAAUAUCCUUUAUAAAUUAUAAUUAAUAUGAUAUGAAGAUUGAUAUUAAUACUUAUUAUCUACAUUUCGCUUCUUUAGUAUUUACAUCAGAAGACUGUUGCAGAUUAAAACUUAAAAUAUAUUAUAUAUACAUUUAUAUUUUAAUAAAGAAAAUUUUAUUU